CAGAAAUUUGCACUCAUCCCUGGAGCCAACACCACAGCGCGACGGUCUCAGUAGUGACUGCGAACUGUUAAAUGUUGUUUAAUUGAUUUAACUACCUCACAUAGCGCAUGAUUUGCGUCUCUCACAGCUGGGGAAAACACUGCAAGUGGUGGUCGCUGCGCUAAGAAGACUCGCCAGCUCCCACCAACCGUGACCCGCGCAUCACGAAGAAGUCGCGCUACCAGGCUGUAUGGCUGAGCCGGAGCUUCUGCUGGACUCCAAUAUUCGACUUUGGGUGGUGUUGCCCAUUGUCUUCAUCACUUUUCUUGUCGGGGUGAUUAGGCAUUAUGUCUCAAUUCUUCUUCAAAGUGACAAGAAGUUGACGUUAGAACAGGUCUCUGACAGCCAGGUUCUUAUUCGGAGCAGAGUUCUCAGAGAAAAUGGAAAAUACAUUCCCAAACAGUCCUUUUUGAUGAGGAAGUUCUACUUCAAUAAUCAAGAAGAUGGAUUUUUCAAGAAGACCAAAAGAAAGGUUGUUCCACCCUCUCCAAUGACAGAUCCCAGCAUGCUGACAGACAUGAUGAAAGGAAAUGUCACCAACGUGCUUCCCAUGAUCCUCAUUGGAGGCUGGAUCAACUGGACCUUUUCUGGAUUUGUAACAACUAAGGUUCCCUUCCCUCUCACUCUGCGCUUCAAGCCCAUGCUGCAGCAAGGAAUAGAGCUGCUCUCGCUGGAUGCCUCCUGGGUUAGCUCAGCGUCAUGGUAUUUCCUGAAUGUGUUUGGACUACGAAGCAUGUACUCAUUAAUUCUAGGCCAAGAUAAUGGUGCAGAUCAGUCAAGGAUCAUGCAGGAGCAGAUGAGUGGUGCCGCCAUGGCCAUGCCUGCAGAUACAAAUAAAGCUUUCAAGGCUGAGUGGGAGGCACUGGAACUGACUGACCAUCAGUGGGCGCUGGAGAGUGUAGAGGAGUAUCUGAUGAGCAGAGAGCUGGACUUUGAUGGCAUGUUUAGCAAGGAGCUGCCAAGUGGUAUCUUCUGAUGCCCCGGCCACUUCUAUUUGGAAUUUGAAUUUCGAUCUUUGCAGGGAUUUGUUUUUGGUUAGAACCACAGAAAUGGGACAAAUCCUUUCACUUCAUUCACUUAUUUGUGGUCCUUGUCUUUUCACAUGUAUUACCUUUCCAUUCCUGUCCAUAAAAUAUCUGAAAGGACUUAAAAUACACGGGUUCUGCUGCUGUCUCAUGCAUAUUAGAAAUCAUUGCUUUGCUAUUUCACCUUUGAGACAAGGAGCUGUUUGGGAGACAUUAAGUGGCUUUUUGCUUAUUAAAAUGCAUUAUUAGCUUGCAACUGUAUGCCAUCAUAAUGCCAUUAGGUAAUAGAAUGUGAACUACCUAGUGCUUUUUUUUUCUUAUGCCAUGCACAGCUAGACUAGCUGUCUCAAUUUUCAUAUGUAUCAUGUUUUAAAAAAUUAGGAAGCACUACCAUGUUACAGGUCUGAAUGAUGUUUAUUUAAUGAAUUAUACUUUUAUUAGAUCAUGGAUAGAUCAGCUGCUCUGUGUCAGCUGCCUAAAGUUGGAAGCAGACCCAGAACUGAUUUAGUUGUUGGCAGAGAAUAUGUUUGUGAUUGAAAAAUUGUGUUGUUUUUUUUUUUUUUUAAGUAUGUAGACGGUUUAUUUUGUAAUGUAACUCCCCUGUGUUUUGUACAGCAUAAAGCCUGUUUUGAUUAAA